GUGUUUGACAACAAAUGUAGGCUGAGUUAUGUUUGAUAGCGUAGUGCCACGUUUGUUCUAUCGGCCUUUUGUUAACUAUAUAAGAGCGUGAAAGCAAUUCAGUUUGUGUAUUAAAAAAAGAACUUUUUGGACCGAACAAUUCCGAAAGGAACAAAGUUAUAUCCCUGGAGAUAAAGAUGGUUCGUUUAACUGUAGCACUGUUGUUUGUUGUUGCUGUAGCUUUUGUUGUUGCUGACGAGGAUGAAGACAACUCCUGUACCGAUACAAAGGAAUGUCCUUGUGGGAGCAUUUGCAAUGAUGGCGCAUGCGUAGAAGGUUGUAUGUUGUUCGACACAUUUAUGCCGGCGGGAUCCGAGUCAGAAGUUUACGGCAGAAAAUGUCAUUGUGGUGAUACUCCCGACGAGAAAGGAAUGUUGCUAGAGUGUGAAGAAAAUGUAGAGUUUUUAGGUGCUCCUGAAGGCGUCGCUGAAUGGGAGAACAACCCUGCUUGUGAAGUGACCGCCGAGGAGGCACCGGCUGAUGCAGCCACCGAAGCACCCGCUGCAUAAAUCUUAGUAGCAGUCUUCAAUUAACACCACUUCACGACUGCAUAUUAUAUCGACUUUGACUUGUAUAUUUAAUAUAUUAUGA